AUGCUCGUGCAUUUGCUUAUUGCCACAUACUUAUAUGUAACGACGCAAGUGACUCGUUCGCACAAGCUGAAUGACCGCGAGCACCCAGCUGACGGCAUGCUGGGUACCCGCGAUAAUCUACCACGCUAUUUCGCAAAGUCUGGCCCUACUGAUGCUGAUCCUCGUAAGACAAAGAAGGACGGUGGUGGCAAGGGUAACUGGGGUCGCUCUGGCGAUGAGAUGCAGGAUUACGAUUACAAGUUCACCAACACCCGGCGUCGUUCGAACAGCAGUACCCAGGGUCUGGCUGACUUUAGCACCAAAUUUGAGGCUUUUGACCCAGAACCUGUCUUUGAAGAAGGCCUCCACGGAGCAUCCGACGUGUCGGCAGAAACCGAGAGCACUGUCACCAAAGUCGAGAGUACUAGCAGCAACACCGACAGUGAGAUUGAUCACAAUGGAGUGAAUCAAUAG